AUGGCUGCUGCCGCGGAGGCAGCCGUCGCAAGCAGCAGCAAACCCGGAGGUAGCAGCGGUGCGGAACCCGCGAAUCUCUCCGGAAAACCCGGCCGGACGGACCGCGAUCGCGAUCGCGUGUACGACAUUCCCUGGGUUGAGAAGUACCGGCCGCAGCGCGUGGAAGACAUAGUGGGCAACGAAGACGCGGUUUCGAGACUCUGCGUGAUCGCUCGCGAUGGCAACAUGCCGAAUCUCAUCUUCGCAGGCCCUCCAGGCACGGGCAAGACAACGAGCGUGCUCGCCCUAGCACACGCACUGCUGGGUCCCAGCUACCGUGAUGCUGUUUUGGAGCUGAACGCGUCGGACGAUCGAGGGAUUGACGUGGUUCGCAACAAGAUCAAGAUGUUCGCCCAGAAGAAAGUCACCCUGCCGCCCGGGCGGCACAAGAUCAUCCUAUUGGACGAAGCGGACAGCAUGACAGCAGGGGCGCAGCAGGCACUGAGACGAACCAUGGAGAUCUACUCUUCCACCACUCGCUUCGCCCUCGCCUGCAAUGUGUCCUCCAAGAUCAUCGAGCCCAUUCAGAGCCGCUGCGCCGUCGUGAGAUUCUCCCGCCUCACAGACGCCCAAGUGUUAGCCCGACUAAUGCUGGUUGUUCAAGAAGAGAAGGUGGCGUACGUUCCAGAGGGGUUGGAAGCGAUUGUAUUCACAGCAGAUGGCGACAUGAGGCAGGGGCUGAACAACCUGCAGGCCACUGCCACUGGCUUCGGUUUAGUCAACGCCGAUAAUGUGUUCCGGGUGUGCGACCAGCCUCACCCACUGAAAGUAGCAGCAACAGUGAAGGCGUGUCUAUCCGGUGACAUUGACACUGCAUGCGAGGGCAUCCGGAGCCUCUUUGCCCUGGGCUACGCUGCUUCUGACAUCAUCACCACGCUCUUCAGAAUAGUCAAGAACUACGACAUGCCAGAAUUCUUAAAACUUGAGUUUAUCAGGGAGAUUGGGUUCUGUCACAUGCGGAUAGCAGAUGGAGUGGGGUCGGUGCUACAACUGUCGGGCUUGAUGGCCAAGCUGUGCAAAACAGCCAGAAACGCUGCUCCCAAGUAG